AUGUCAUCUUCCUCAACUCCAUGGCCUCUCAUCCUCAUUUUCUUCUCUCUCCCUCUAGUCCAUUCCCGCUCCGACAUUGUCCGAGCGAUGCCACCCAAUGGAACAUGUAGUGAUGUAUGUGGCAAUAUCACUGUCAAGUUCCCAUUUGGCACUGGAUUUGGUUGCGGCCACCCCGACUUUGCUAGAUACGUAAAAUGUAGCUCUGGGACACUUCAAUUCUCUACUCUCACUGGCAUUUACACGGUUGCUUCAAUUGACUACUCCAGCAGCACUAUCAUUGUCAAUGACCCUCUUAUGUCAACUUGCACUUCUAUGCAGAACUCUGGAAGCUUUAGCUUGGACAGGGCCAGCCCAUUCACUAUAAUGGCGGAUGAUGUAUUUGUCUUGCUUGGUUGCUCCACAACCUCUCCAGUGUUUGAUCUAAAUGAAGAUUUAUGUGAUACAGGUUCAGGUUCUCAUGCAUGCAGAGGGCUCUAUUCUUGCAAAGGGGUGACUGGGAUUGGCUUGGACCCCAAUGCACCGACUUCUACUUGUUGUGUUUACAACUCCCUGGAUGGGGUUGGGUCUGGUUAUGGGCUGGAUCUUCCAAAGCUACAAUGCUCAUCCUAUGCAUCGAUAUAUGGGCUUGGCGAUGAUGAGGGGGACCCAAUGAAAUGGAAAUUUGGGAUUUCUUUGCAAUAUAAUAGCUCAGAUUCUGAUGCUUGCAAGGAUUGUGAAGCAAGUGGGGGCUUGUGUGGCUUCACUGGUUUGGAUGAGUCAUUUGCUUGUAUUUGUCAGAAUGGGGUGAACACCACCACCAACUGCUUUGGACGAGGGUAUGCUUGGAGUGGAACAUGGGGACCCAAAAUUCAAACCAAGAUGAGUAUUGCAGGACUUCUGCUCUGGUGGAUGGUGUUCUCUGUUUGA